AACUUUAACUUUGUAACGUACAUGUCUUUUUCUCCCCGGUGUGGUCACAGUUUUACGACACAACGUGUAGACACUGGUUAGCAAACGACGUGCUAACUGCAUUAACCUACACGUUUACCUGAGUUUUAAGGUGAGUCCGGAGCGCGCUGUUUGCUCUUCGUGACUCAGCUAGUGUAAGUAGGCCGAGCCCUGUGCGCAGGUAAAGCAACACCUGUGCCUCUAACUGACCUUCACAUCAGCUCAGACUGGGCUCCUGGGAGGGCACCGACUGCGCAUGACCGCGGGUUAACUUGGAGCCCAGGCACGAGCGGACAAGUACAAAGAGGCUGCUGCUGCUGGCGCAGAGGGGACGUACCGUGUGCGGCGGGCACAGACUGGAGCUUUGCACACUUUUGCGCAAAGUUAACGCAUCACCCAGCUUUUACCCUGCGAGACUCCGACCCCGAGCACAGAAAGGAGUCCGAGGAAAGGAGCUGCACCUCCAAAGGGGCCCGGGAAGCGUUAGCGUGGGGUUGCAGGUUGCAUGGUAAUCUGGACUUGCUGCAUGGCAGUUGCAUGACGCCACUGAGUCUUGUUGUUGGACUGAGAGCACGCAGCUGCACCCAUGGCUCAAACCGUGCACGUGAACGGCAAUGGCCCAGAAAGAGGACAAAGAUGCCCAAGCACAGAAGACGAGAAGGACUCUGAGGCCCCCUACUAUGUUGAAACUCCUUAUGGUUAUCAGUUAGACCUGGACUUCCUCAAGUAUGUUGACGACAUCGAGAGGGGCAACACUAUUAAGAAGCUGAGUAUCCAGAGGAAGCCCAAAGUGGCCAAACCCUCGGCGGUGCCUCGGGGCAGCACUGGCGGGGUCGGCGCUCAGGCUGAAUGGACCUCCACAGACUCGCUGUCCUCCAACAGUGACGGCAAACAGUCCCCGGUCUUCUUCACCAACAGGAACCAGGCCCACCAAAAGUCUGUUGGCAUAGUUACUGAUCAAAAUAUGAAUAAUCUUCCAGCCACCCAAAGAAAGCCAGAGAAGGAACGCUGUUUUCGGGACGCGGGGGUGUCUACAGAGCGGCUGGAAAUCCGGAGCACUGCAGUUGGCGUCACCGAGGCCAUGCUGGGCAUGAGCAGCGAAGCUGAGAAAGAGAUCGAGCUCCAGCAGCAGACCAUCGACUCCCUGAAGGAGAAGAUCUACCGCCUGGAGGUGCAGCUCAAAGAAACCACUCAUCAGAUGGAGAUGGGCAAGCUGAAACUGGAGCUCCAAGCUGCCGGCGGGUCAAACAAGAAAAAAGCAGACAAAGGUUUGAUGGUCAGGCCGGAGAUGUACAGCGCCUGUGUGGAGGCGAAAGUCCAGACACGCAGCCAGGGAGUGGGCGAACAUCUGGAAUUCAGCCAUGUUAGCACUGCUAAAAGUCCACAGACUCUGACUAGAGGAGUGUCCUGUCAGCCUUCUGUGCACAGCGUCGCCACAGGACCGGAUAUCCCCAUGGACCGGUGGGUGGUGCACGAACAGAUGGAGGUGUCUGACCAGUGUGUAGGACGGCACGUGGAGACGUGCCAUCGGCAGGUAGGCGUAGAGCUCAGCGUUUGUGAGGUGGGAGUGAACACGGAGGAGCUGGUGGACAGCUUGACCCUCGGUGAACCCGCGAUGGAAGCCAGCAAAGAGCAGAGAUCCGUGGGCUGUGGAGACUGUUCGGUGGAUGUGCUCGUUAGUCCCAUCAAGACGCUGGUGUCACAAGGAACUGAGACUGACCGUGUCAGUCAAGUGGACUCUGGAGUCACGGCGGCUCCUGAGUUCCUGACUCAGGAGACCAGCACUGAGGCAGAAGUUGCACACAAGUCCACGAACACGAAGCACGCUGUCCUCUCAGACUCAUUCACUCACAUGGAGUCGGUUACAUCAGAUAAGCAAACCAACACGGUGGUCACAGAAACCCGGACCGUCGCUGCCGGAGAAGGACUCGUCAAAGACGUUCACUCAACGGCAAAGAUGCGUUCGAUCGCCGUUGGAACCACCUCGGACGUGGAGCUCUUGCCCGGCAAAUUGAGCUCAACUAAAACCAAAGAAUGUGGGGUGGGGCCAGUGAGCGUCCAUGAGAAUUUCCUGGUUGGUUUAAAAACCAGAAACAUAGCGUGUGGCCCCUCCCAGCCGGCUGAGUCUGUGGCGAGCACCGGCAGCCAGGAGACGGCAGAGGUGAAGCCUGCGCCGGCCACUGUGCACGCUGAUCCGGCCGCCCUGCAGGCGCACGGUGGCGUCAGCUUGGACCAUUACAUCGAGCGCGUGCAGAAGCUGCUGCAGGAGCAGCAAAUGCUGCUGGCCGAGAACUAUACCGAGCUGGCGGAGGCAUUCGGCCAGCCCCAGUCCCAGUUUGGGGUCAUCAACAGUCAGCUGGUCAGCACACUGUCAUCCAUCAACUCAGUCAUGAAGUACGGGAGCGCCGAGGACAUCCUGAAGCUGCAGGCGGAGUCAAAAGAAGAGAGCAGUCAGCAGCUCCAGCUGUCGUCUGUCCGGGCGAAGCACGUGGAGAAGUCACCUGACCUCACAGCAGCGGAUACGCCUGCGAACACGCCGUCGCAGCAGCAGAUCAGUGCGGCCGAGCAGAAGAGCCGCAUGGACCUCCAGAUGUCUACAGCGCUGCAUGGGCAGAGCACCCUGAAAUCCAUCAUGAAGAAGAAAGACGGCCGAGCCGACUCCAACGGCACGAAGAAGAACCUGCAGUUCGUCGGGGUGAACGGAGGAUACGAGACUACGUCGAGUGACGACUCCAGCUCGGAGGACAGCAGCUCCUCUGGGUCAGACGAAGAGGACGAGGACGAGGAGGAGGAGGAGGGGUACGGAGGAAAGGAGGAACACCAGAAAGUGGAGGGGCAGAGCACGAGGGAGGAGUUCCAGCCCGAGGGAGCAGAGGACGUGGACAAGAAGGAUGACGAGGAAAGUUCAGAGAAGCAGGAGACGAGAGAGAGGCGAGUAUAG